AAUUACUCGCCGAAUUUCCUAAGAAAGGCGGAAAGAAAAAAAUUUGCUCAUGUGGUAAAAAGGGAAAAUCAAAUUUGUUUCAAGCACGAGGUGUGCCUCAGGAAUUAAAACCCGUAUCAAGCUUUGAUUGUCAGACGGGUCGCCACCAACUCAGUUAUGGGUUUUCGUUUCUUAUUAUUAAUUAUAUCAUUAGUAACUUUAUCAAGAGCGAAAGACCUACGGCCGCCGGCGUCUCAGGCUGUUGACCGUCGAAGCGCUCCUGAUGCUCUUCUCGGCGAGAUCUUUAACGAUCCAAGUGCGACGAGUUUAACAAAACUCAACCUUGAAGAUAGUGACAAUGACAAUGACGACUUUUCCGGUUCGGGUUCGGAACUGUGGUCGGGUUCGGGUGAGUUGCCGAAGCCUUCCGGAGACACAACUACAUUGAAUCAGACAGACAGCCAACACGAGCAAGCGACUGAGACUCUGUCGCAAACACUCGCGACUUCUGAUGCGACAGGCACCGAAAAGUCUAACAACUCUAAUGACACCACUGAUAUAAAAGACAAUAACAACAGUACAGACACCUCAACUGCUACUUCUGACGAUUCUGACGAUACUAACACAGUGAAUCCUUCUACCGCAGCACAAACUGCUCCUACACAAAGUUCGACGGACGCAUCCUUGACGUCACCGAAUGUGACGUCAGAGGGUGCAGACGCAAAGUUACCUUCUACUGAGGAUCAGAGUCAAAAUACAGUAGUCCAGACAGAGGAGAAUGACAAAACUUCCAAUGACAAGUCAAACACUGCAUUUUUGCCGGCACAAACUCAAAGUACUUUGGAAACUGUUCCUGAUUACUCACCUGCUGCCUUGGUUGGGCAACAGUCACCCGGCUUCGAUGAUAAUUCGCUAUAUGACCCUACGAUAGUGAAGAAAACCGAUGUUCCUGUUGGUCCGGAUAUGUUUUCUAACCCCUUAGUUAACAAUACAGCAGACCUUCAAGGAACACUACGGUCGGCCAUCCCACAAGCACCUGUGCCUGCUCCCCAGGCUCCAGCCAUUCGAAAGUCAGCAGUGCCCUUUAGAGGUUCUUUUCCACUUCAGCUUCACAAGUAUUCACCGUAUUCGAAGCUGAUGAAAAAGAACAUGAUUGAAAAGGCAAAAGCAGGCUUAAACCAGAACGCUGGAAGGAAGUCGGUUAUACCCGGCCUUACUGAGGCUGGUGGUCUGCGUCCUUUGUCAAUAAACCUUCCUCAAGGGCAACAGCAACAAGAUGCAACAAACAAUCAAGGUUAUCCUCAGCCUCAGAUGCAAGGUCCAGCGAUGGAUGUUAAUCCAGCGCAAAUGACGUUUGGAGACCAACCACAAGCCUCUCCAACAGCACAGCCUUUUGCCCCAGUGCCUACUAAAGUUCAACCAUUGGCAGACCAGGCCCCAGCUGAAAGUCCGCUUCAGAACCCCCAGCAAGUUCUCGACCAGGCUCAAGGGGGUGUUCCUCAGGCCCCGGAACAAGCCUUUGCCCCUCAGGCCCCGGAACAAGCCUUUGCCCCUCAGGUGGCAGAUCCAUCUAAUAUGCAAAUGCAAAGUCCAGAAAACGUUGCUGCUGCGUUUCCAAUAAAUACCACAAUGUCCGACACAAUGGUUGGCGCUCUUCCUCAGCAAACUCCUGGAAUUCCAGCCCAGGGUGUCCAAGCUGUACCAGUAUACCAGGGACUUCAACCCAAGAAGCCAGUAAUAGAAGAGGAAGACUGUGAUGAUCAGUUUGACACUUGUCCAGAGAUGGCUAAGAAUGAUUACUGCACAAAGUACCCAGACCUUAUGAAGAUUCAGUGCAAAAAGUCUUGCCAUUUCUGUGAGAUCAAACAUAACAAUGAAGAGUCUGGGUCGGGAUACGACGAAUACGAUUCAGGAUCAGCAAGUUUAUAUUACGCUGAUGAAGUCAAUUCCGGCUCCGGUUCGAGCGACUGGGAUGACGACAGCGACGAUGACGAAGAUCCAGGAUAUAGAAAGUCGGGGAUUCCUGCACCAAUCCACAAAGUGUUAAUGGCAAAAUUUGCAGCUGACUCUGGCUCUGCCUCUGGUGCUUCCGGAAUGGGCGAAUCUUCAGCUUCAGAUGAAGACAUCAUACAGACAUCUGGUAGCGGUGAGGCCGGUUCAGGCUCCCAGAAAAAAGAUGAGGUCAGUGAAGCUGCAUCAGGAUCUGGUGAAGCACUUCCUGUUACAGUAGCAUCACCCACUCCCGGGACAACUGAAAUUGGCUCGGGUUCUGGAAGUCUAGCUGAAGAUCUUGCCACUGGCACUGUAAGCAGAGCUAACGAAAAACACAGCUCGAUUCCACGACCCCCAGCCCCACAAGUUUCAGUCUAUCCAAAGAUUGACCUCAAAGAAAUCGCAAAGGCUGUUAAUAUGUAUCGAGGUGUAGCGCUGAAGAUGCUUGGAGAGGCCCUAGAGGGUGCUGCGGAGCAAAAAGAGGAAGAGCUAUCUAAGAAGUCGCACAUUCCACUUCCGCCUGCUACCGACAUCCUGCAGCGGAUGGGAUUUCCAAUAGGGUAUGAUGAAAGCUCCAAAAGGAACAUGGUUCCAAACCCAAUGCAAGAUACCAAUAUGAUGAUGGCUCCCAAUUAUGGAAUGAUGGGAUACGGUAACAACGGGUAUGCUUACAAUUUCCCUCAGCAAGUCGGAAAUGAGCCUCUGGCCGAUUUUUAUGCCCAGUACCAACAGCAACCAAACUUCGCAAGGUCGGGCAUCAUGGCUUCCCCUGAAGAGCAAGCGGAAGAGCAACAAAGUGAAGACGAAGGGGCCGCUCAGGCCGACCAGUCUGAGGCCAUACAACCAGAGAAUGACCAGCAGCAGGAGAAUACCACCGGGGCAGAGGUGCAGGAUAAGCCCGAAACGCCGAAAAAUAACACCGAUGAAAAGGAUAAAAAAGAUAAGAUUGUAGAUCCUUUUGAAUACGUGCGAAAUAUGGGCAAAGGAGCUUCUAUGGAGCCUAUUCGCUCUAAGGCUGCCUCUGGUUUGAUUUCUGCAUCUCAUUCAGACCCACUCAUCUUAUGGAAAAGUUCUCAAAUCCAAAAGCUCGCCGCUUUAGCGAAAAAGAAGAGUGAAAUACCACAGCCAGGAAGUCAAACUUUGAUGCCUGCAGUCAGUGACUCGCAGUUUGAGCAGGAAGUUCUGCAGUCUCCUGAGCAGCAGUUCAGAUCGGACAUUCCUGAGCAAAAUAUCACAAUGGGUGGUCUACCAGACAUGUCGGGACAAACGGCUUCUGUCUUCCCACAGAGCAUACCUCAGAGUGAAGCUUUACCACAAAGUCCCGCGGACGAGCUUGCAGCAAGGAGUCAGAUCCUUCAAGGACAGGCUCUGCCAUCUCUCGAACAACCGCAACAACAAGGUUUGCUUGCACGCCUCAUACCACAGCAAGCCAACACUUCUUCCGCUGAUUUUAAAAACCUCAUCCCGCAAGGCCGUUCGGGAAAUAGUCUAGGGGUGGUGGUUUCUCAUCACGCACCCGUCCCAGGUUCUUUUCCAUUGACUCUACGCAAGAUUGUUCCAGGCAUGGUUCAGAAGAAGGAUGAACUGUAUAAACAGGUGCAAGAAGAAAUAAACAAGAACAGUGUUCCCUCAGCUGGUGCUGUGGACAUGUUUGCUAGUCAGGUCGCCAAUAAUCCCGCGGUCCCGCAACCCGCACAGAUGUCUCAAGGAGUGUCGCGCUCUGACCUUUUGUCAGAAGCCAACCGUCAGAAUGCUCCGACUAAUAAGCCACUCCCUGAACCUGCACAGGUUACCGUAACUCCUGGUGCAUCCCGGUCGGAUCUGUCACAAGCCAACAGCUUACCAACUGACGAUAACAAUGAAAAAUCUGUGGACAGCACUGAAAAUGCAGCAACUUCCAUCAACGAGGCUUUCACAGGUCCAUCGAUAUUUAACCAAGAUCAGCAUUCCGCAGAUCCUCUCUUUGGAUCACUCAAUUCAAAAAUCACCACGUCUUUGGAUAAUUCCGAUGAAACCCCAAGUGAUGAUCCAAUGGACAAGUUCUUCAAUCCAGAAGUACAAAUUUCGGGAAAAAUCCCCGAAUCUGAUAACGCAGACGAUGGGAUUGCUGAUCCAGGGGCGUCUAGAGAUCAGGUUUCCAAAACGACUGACAUUUCUCCAGGCACGGAAAAGGGAACUACCAAAGGGAAGAUUUCUGCUCCAAGUCCGGCAAACUUACCCCCUUUGAAUCAUGGAAAUGGAAUGGCACCCGCCUUACCUCCCCUCAAUCAUAACGUGGAAAUAGCUUCAAGUCUACCCCCACUGAACCAUGCAGAAGAACAUGCUGCGAAUUUACCACCCCUUUUGCACGGUGUUGAACAAGCGGGCAACCUCCCACCACUCAAUCACGGAAGUGACGCUUUACAGAGUUUCAGCAGUCUACCACCAUUGAAUCAUGGUGAUAAUGAGGCUGCCGUAUUGCCACCUCUGAUGCAUGGCAUAGAGCAGGCUAAACACACUCCAAGUGCUAGUUUCGAAAAACAGUCUUCACAAAAUGUUGACGCUUUAUCAGCCUUCACAUCGCAGGUCGAAAACGCAGCACCUUCGAGUGACAAUGGUAAGCUAAGUUAUCAAACAUUUCCUGUAGACUUAAAAGGGGAGGGAAGAGGUUCUUUAAUGCCAAAAACGUAUAACGCCGAUGCUGGGACCUAUUCCGUUUCUCAAAAACCUUCGAACCAAUUAAUAUCAAAAAGCAGAGAAGCAGAUUUAAUCAAGAAUUACAACAACAUAAUGGAGCCUGUUGUUCAAGGGAAGGAGACUAUAGAUCAAGCUCCUCUUGACUUUAAGAACAGAUCUGUUGGCGAACCAGUUAACAUAAACGGACUGCCUUUUUCCACAUGGCAAGAAAGUGCUCAGUCUAAAGGUUGGGUUCCAUCUACGUACGACGAUCCAAAGGAGCUUCAAAGCCUUUUACGUGCGGAUCUCAUGUCUCAACGUACAGCGACUUCGACUACUGCACCAAAGUUUGGAAUCCCGGUAUCAUCAGGAGCAAGGAGAGACCCUCUUGCAAGUUUUCUUCGAAUAUGGCAGACGAAUGCCACACAAGAUUCGGGCUCAAAUGUACCGAUAAACUGGCUUAAUACCGCGAACACGAGGAAUUUGCUACCAGGAAUAAACAAUGCUACAACGCUCAAUAUAAGAAAUAAAGAUGUUUCGGGAAGCAAUCGGAACAAAACACAACUAAGGCAAGAAAUAGAGAAAGAAAAGGCCGAAAUUGUGGAUUCCUUAGGAAGACUAGAGAAGGGCUUAGAGGAUGCUCUCGCUCAGACCAGAGAAAACGUCCCGACACCGCAACCACCACCAUACGGGUACAACUUCGGGAACCGCCAACCGUUCCAAGGAGGGGCUUUCAGACCUGGUCCUUCCAACUUUCAUGUGGUCGAAAAUGGACGAAACUAUAACCCUCUCACGGCCCAGUACGAUGACUUUAUGUCAAACAAACUAACUGACGGUAGAAAUUCCCAUAAGGAUACACUUAAAAAAGCCGACAUUACCCAGACUCCUACUAUGGGAAGUAAUCAAUUGAUUAAUAGUAAUAACGCAGGUUCGGUCACACCUCAGAGACUGUUCAAGCCCUUUGUACCAAAUGUAAUUCAGCGUAAAGCUAAUGACGAGUUCCAGAGACAGCGCCUGUUGCCUAAUCAAAUAGCUAACGAGUUGAAAUCAAAUAUAAAUCUGCAAACUCAGAGCCUAAGGUUUAAUCAAGUAGUAAGUAAACCGAUUAAUAAUGAGCUUUCCAAGCAUCAGAGUGUGCCUUUUAAUAAUCAACAAAGAAACAGUACCGAAUUUGAUGACGGUUACCCUUCAACUAGCCAACCUCCCUACAACAAUGACUUUAACUUACCUAACCAACAAUAUGUUAACCCAUAUCUUAACUCAGGUGAAAUGAUACAGAGCUACGUUGGUAAACCUCCCCAGUCUCCCCCUCUAGAGCAUGCAUACCCUUUGAGUCAUGACAAUGAGGCUCUUCUCCCGCCAUUGAAUCAUCAACAACUUCCGCCUCUCAACCACAACGACCUGGUAUCAACGGAGACCUCCAGUUAUACCGGAAGUGAUGUUAAUUCAUUUUCAAGCCCAGGUCAAGGAAGGUCCAGCCCGGCACCACCCAUAUAUCCCUUUACCAUACCCCCCGAAGGAGGACAAGGAAAUCAUGGUUACCAUGGCUACCAAGAAACCGAAAAUAACCAAGAUGCAUUAAAGACUUCUUCCCAGGCUUCUGCUCGUGGGUCACUGCCGUCCCAGUCUCCUUACUAUCCAUUCAGUCAAGCAAACACCAACCCAGAGCCAGUGGUCGGUCGUCAAUGGUUUCCAGAAGGCGGAAAUCCUUAUCCAAUACCAUUACCACCUGAAGGAAGUCAAAAUGAUCAAUUAAACACAGGGAACACUCAAGGAAUGUUUGACAGUCAGUUGUUCAGUGAACCAAGUCAGUUUGUGUCUCCUCAGCUGUCAGCAGGAUGGAAAAAAGACAAUGAUGGGAAAGCCAAUAAACCCCGCAAACCGUGUGAAGGUGACGAGUUUUGUCCUUAUCCAUUCUACCCAGUUCCUUUGCCACCAGAAGGACAGCAGAGUGAUCAAACACACCAACCAAACACAAACUCAAACGCAAACCCAAAUUCAAAUGGUAAUAUCGGAAAAAAGAAUUUGAUUCGACCAAAGCCAGAUCUUCAAUGCGGCGCUGGUUGGACCGGAGCUCUCGGUGAUUUUGGUUCAUUUUGUUACAAAGAGAUCUUCGAACGUAAAUCAUGGGACAACGCACAUCAAACGUGCAAGGGCCUUGGCGGCGAGCUUUUCAGCGUGACCAACGCCUAUGAACAACGUUUCAUUGAAAACUUUACAAACAUUGAAUCUUGGUUAGGAUACCGGGACAAAUCCAGAGACGGCACAUGGACUUGGAGUGAUUCAAGUUUGUCUGUUUUUACGAACUGGGAUAGCAGCGCUAAGGACGACCACGGCAAAGGGAGAGACUGUGUUCUGUUAAGUUCUAAAGAAGGGAAAUGGAAAGAUGCAUCGUGCUCACAGACUCAUGAGUACCUCUGCAAGAAGAAACCAGAGGAUUGUGGCAAGGGCUGGAAGAAGCUAACCUUAAACUCAGUUCGUGGAUGCUAUAAACUAUUCGAAGAACCUAAAACGUGGGAAAAUUCGCUGGUAUCAUGUAUGGACGAACAGGCGUCGUUAGCAAGUAUACUUAGUGAUGAUGAGGAGACUAUGAUAUCGCAGGUGUAUUCGAAAUCGGACUUCUGGAUUGGUUACAACGACAUUGAUAAUGAGGGAGACUGGGUGUGGUCUGACCGAAUGACGUCCUCGUACACCAACUGGGACGAUAAGUCACCCAAUAAUGGAGGGGUGUCAUGUGCAAUAGUGACGAGCACUGGAAAAUGGCACGACGAACCAUGUCAGAGCCAGUUUAGUUUUAUUUGUAAGAAGCCAAGUCCUAAGGGCCCACAUCAUCCACUUAAUGACGCAACUUUAACUCAAGAGGUUGAGAAAUUUGUCUCCAACAAGUCAUUAUUGAAUCCUGACAUUGACACAAGCGUUACGAUAUUUGGAAGCCAUUCCGUAACUCCUCAGUAUUUGUGGACUGUACAAAAAAUAUCCAACAGCCGUAUUCACGGAUCCAACCGCAUUGCCUCCCAUGGUAAUGUUAAAUCAGUGGACGGUGGUCUUCAGCUCAACGGAGUGGAUUCAUGGCUAGACGCAGGGGAUUUUUAUGGACAGUGCUUGGGUGAUCCUGAUCUCUGUAUCAAGGGCUUCUCCUAUGCGUUACAGCUCAAUUUCGACGACGACGCUUUGUCUUACAACGACAAACGAUAUGUUCUAGACUCCAGCGGCAACUCGCGCGGCGUUUCAAUCUACAUUCAUAAUGGCUCUUUAUACUAUAAGGUUGUGACGUCAACCAAAGAAUGGCAGCUGUCAAUGGAGCUUGUGACCAAUGAGUGGCAGGAUAUAGUGUUGACUUGGAAGAAAGAAGAAGGGCUGAUGCUUUAUGUUAACGGAGCGUUCAGAGACUCGCUGAAGGACGGAACAGAAACCAGCCUAAUACCAAAUAAACAGGCUCGACUUACUAUUGGUAGAAAGAGUGGAAACCCACCCUUCAAGUACACCAGGAUGUACAUAAGCUCACUGUACGCCUUUACGCGUUUCCUUGCUCCUGAGGAUGUUCCUUAUGUAUUUACAUUUGAUAAUACAGUUGUUCCACGGUACAUGUGGCUGCUGCCAAAGCUUCAAGACAAAAAGAUAACCGGCAGCCCAGACAUCGAGGUGCAUGGACCAGUCAGAGCCGUGGAUGGAGGAGUGCAUCUUGAUGGGAAGGAAUCUUUCCUUAAAGUUGGAACCUUCGAUGGAAAAUGUCUCCAUGAUCCUUCCAAGUGUCCCAAUGGACUCAGCUUGAGCUGCAAGCUUAAAUUUAACCGGAUCGUUCGCACGUACAAAGAACCUCAUUACAUUCUGGAUUCUGGCGGUCACCAAAAAGGUACCAAAGGCCUGUCUGCAUACCUCCUCAACAACAACUUGUACUUUAGUGUUGCCAUGAGCACGGACGAAGACACUCUGACUUGGACGGUUAGAACGUCUAUCUUCACUGUGAGAUGGCAGCGAGUAGUAUUGAGUUGGAGUCUGUCUGACGGCUUGUGGCUUUACACUGACAGUCAGUUCCGAGGCUGGACUAAGACUCCUAAGAGUGUGCCCCGUGACGUGGUGUCCGAGAGUGCCGACUUUAUUGUCGGUCGUAAAAAUGUCGGACCCGAGUAUACCCCUGCAGAAUUUUCGAUCGGCUCCCUUGCUAUCUUCCCAAGAUUUCUUGAGAAGAAAGACGUGGAAAAAAUAUACGGUGGAAAGAAAAUGCCAUAUCCUGGCCUUAUCCGCGAGGUGUGGAAAGAACUGCCUGGAAAAUCCAUCAGCAAGCUGAAAGACGAUCCCUACUAUCCUAACGACCCCUCACUUAUUGAGAUCAUCGAAAACUUUGACUCUCCAUUUGACAUUGACAAAGACUAUGGUAGCAGGGUGAAAGGAUACUUCGUGGCACCUGAGACUGGGAACUACACUUUCUACAUGUCUGGGUCACAGAGUGGCGAACUGUGGAUGAGCAGCACAGAAAGUCAACAAAACUUGACAAAAAUGGUUUCGCUGGAUCAGGCAACUGGUCACAACCAGUGGAACAAAUAUGCUGGUCAAAGCUCGAAGUCUGUGACUCUAGAGGCUGGAAAAUAUUACUACAUUGUUGGACUACAGAAAGGCACAGAGUCAACUGACUCACUCUCCGCCGGAGUACGUUUGCCCAGUGGUCGAUUCAUGAGACCUAUUACCAAAGAAAUACUUCAAUGGAGAAUGCCUGGUGAUCCGUUCGCCGGUGUUAUUCGUGAGGUGUGGCAAGAUAUCCCAGGCUAUAGAAUAAUGGACCUCACUUCCAAUCCGAACUUUCCAAACAAUCCCUCUAGUAUUGAGGUGCUGGACAAGUUUGACGCACCACACAACGUCGAUGAUAAUUACGGUUCAAGGAUACGCGGUUUCUUCAAAGCACCAGAAAACGGCUUGUAUCGGUUCUUCUUGGCGGCGGACACUACAGGAGAAUUGUGGCUGAGUUUCGACGAGUCAGAGAAAAACUUGAAAAAGAUUGUAGCUAUAAAUGGUUGGACAGCACACAACGAGUGGCUCAAAUUUCCAGAGCAAAAGUCCGAACGUAUUCACCUCAAGAAAGGUAAAUACUAUUACCUGGAGGCGUAUCAGAAGUCUGAUAAGCUGGCUGACUGUGUUUCUGUGGCUGUGGAGCUUCCCAGUGGUCACUUCGAGGGACCAAUCAAAAGAGUACAUUUGAGUUGGCGAUUGCCCGACGGAAGAACUGGCCCGGGACCAUCAUCGGAGGAGGAAGCUAUCCCCAAGCCAGUUGGUUUGUAUCCACUCAAUAAAGCAUUUGGUUCAAAGGAUGCGGGACCUAACCAUGAAAAUGGCGUCCUUAGUAAUGUAGAACUCGCUAGUGGACCUGAUGGCCUUGAAGAUGGAGCCUAUGAGUUCAAAGGCACAGCGGAUUCCUUUGUGGAGAUUCCUAAUGACGGCAAGAUGGAUACACAGGACUCAAUGACAAUCCUGGCAAACAUCUAUCCCACAGGGAGUGGGGGACCCAUCUUGAACUACAAAACGGACGGCUGGGGAGUCCAUCUGUGGCAGUUUGAAUCCACCGAGCUUUUUGUCAGAUUUGUACACCGUAAUGGAGUUUUCCACAAGCCAAUUGCUUCAAGAGUGUUACUGCUGAACGAAUGGAAUCAGGUCGGUGCAACAUACGACAACACUACAGGUGUAGCGCAACUUUGGCAUAAUGGAAAGAUGGUAAAGAGUCGGAACAUCGGUCAGAUUAAACUGGCUACACAGUAUCCUAUUAGGAUUGGGGCCAGAGAUGGCGACGAAAGAAGGUUCGCUGGAAAGAUUUCCUGUUUACAGAUUUACGGCAAAGCUUUGGACGAACAACAGAUUGGAAACCUCAAGAGUUGUCCUGUUAAGGCAAAACCUUUAGGAGAUAACGCGUUGGAAUCUGGUGACGGGUCAGGUUCAGGAGACUGGGACGAGCAUGACUUUGAUUCAAGCGCCGUAUCUAUUUCACACAAUGCUGGAAAAUAUGACAAAGACGAAGAGGCUGACGACGAGAUUCAGGGAUCUGAGUCUACGUCAGGAAACAAAUGUGACCCAGAGCCAUGUGAAAAUGGCGCCAAGUGCAUCCGGGAUAAUAAAAGAAUGGAUGGUUACCGAUGCAAAUGCACAUCUGAUUUCACUGGGAGAAACUGUCAGGUUUCCAAACCAGAUGCUGAGAAUCCCAUCGUGAAGAAAGCCAAGAUUCCCAAACCCGAACUCAAGACUGGCACAGAGGAUUAUCAAAAGAAUUCUAGUUCUCUGAAUCUCAUUCUCGAAAAUCUUCCAGACGAAAAGAAGGAAGACGUGCUGUUACUCUUCCAAAAGGUCGGCUGCUAUAAAGAUGAAAAUGUCAAGCACGAUCUACCUGACAAAGCUACAGUCAAAUCUGUUACACAGGAGGACUGUGUACGAGCAUGUGCUCUUGAAGAAAAGGGUUACUCUUACUUUGGACUUCAGGACGCUGACAAAUGUUUUUGCGGGCACCGCUAUGGAAAGUACGGUAAAGCAGAUGAUGCUCAGUGUAACAUGCCGUGUAAAGGAAAUGACAAAGAGAACUGUGGUGGCAAUGCCACAAACAUGGUCUACUUCUUUGGUUUAGGUACCAACUAUACUGUAACUACGUUAACUGGAGAUGUCGAAGGCGCCGACACGGACGCUAAGGUGUACAUCACUUUAUAUGGAGAGAAAGGAGACUCCGGAUUCAGGAAACUGGACACCACACAUUUUUCAAGGGGAAAGAAUGAUACAAAUACUUUGGUUUUACCUGAUCUUGGUAAGCUGAGGCAAGUUAGAAUUCUUCACGAUAACUCAGGAUCAACUCCCAGCUGGUUUUUACAGAAGGUGACAGUCAAAGACGAGAACGGUCGUGUAUACGAGUUUCCUUGCAAGGAAUGGCUGAGUGAAACACAGGGAGGCGGCAAAACAGAACGUCUUUUGAGACUACAGCACUCAUAGUGCCUAUUGCGCAUGCUUCAAAGAUGGAAAAUGUGCACUGUUACAUCAUAAUAACUGACUUACAGAUGGGUGCACUGUGACAGAAUGGAACUGACUGGCAGAUGGGUGUACUGUGACACGAUGCAACUGACAAAGAUACUGACUACUGACAGACAGAACUGUACUUGAGAAGAGUCACGUGUCUCUGUGAUUGACGACUUUACGAAAAUGUCAGGCACUCCUCAACUAUUGAGAUUGGGCAUUUAACAGUGCAUAUAUGAUUCAGUCAUGCUUGGCAAAGUAAUUGGCACAUUAUUCGAAAUAUCGUACCUCGAUCUUUCUUAGAACUGUUUUAUUCUUAGUGUUCCUGUUAAAAAAUAUAUAUUUUAUCGCAAUUUAAACUAUUAAAUUUACCUGUACGACCUAACCUCUGGGGAGACGUAUAAAAUAUACCAACCCGAUUCGAUCUCUCGGACCAACAUAACAUCGGAUCAGCAACACCUUUUUCUUUGUAAUCAUAGGAUGGUUUCACUGGGGUUAACUGCUAGCCGUAAAACGGCCAAACAAUUUAGCCGUUAGGUGUAAAAAUUGGCAAAUUUUAGCAGUUAGUCGUACAAAAAGUUAAACGUAAAAAAAGUUCUGGUGACAAAAUGGAAAGAUGUUAAUCUUUAGCCGAAAAUUUGCCAAAAUUUUAACCAUUGGCCGUAAAAGCCAUCACCCCAUUGAGAUCCCCUUAUAGAUCUAAAAAGGGAAAGUCAAACGUAGAGGUGUCAUUUUGCAGACAAAUUUGGCCAUUGGGAUGAACAAAGUCAAAGGAUUUCUAGCAAACAGACAUUUUUCCUUCUUUUAUACAUGAAUAUAACUUUCUAAUACAUACCAAUAGUUGAGGUUUUAUUGGUUUUUAACGAGUCUAUUGACAUUCUCUUACGUUUUGUUUGAGCUUUAUGUAGAAGAGGACUUAUUUCCAAAUUGGUUCAAAAACAAAGUCUUUUUGGGGUUUAGACUUUGAUGAAUUUGCUUUGCACCCUAUAUCUAAGACCUGAAAAAGCCAAAAAAAAAAGCGACAUACCAUUGAGGAGUGCCUGUCAUAACCUAUGUACUCUUGAUGAAACCGAGGAGAUAAUGAAGCCAGCAACGGGGAAAACCAAUCCCGCAUAUAGGUUGGUGUCAUGCUAUCCUUCAUCAAAAGGUUAUGGCGAUUUGACCUCCAUGAGCUUCGUACCUUGGGAAAAAUUUUCGCCCUGACGACAUUCAAUUCAAUUUAUCAGUUAUUUUACACCCUUGGAGGAGACUUCCAUAGUUUCACUUUAACUUCCUGAGUGGAGGAAAAUAAAAAAAAGGCAAUAUUUGUUCCAAAUGUGUAACAAGGCUUCAGCUAGUUGCUGUAAUUUUUGGCUUUGAUCGCUUACUCCUAAUGUAUUGCGGAAGCUAUGGAGCCUGUUAAUGCCUGCAUCUUGGACAAAGUGGGCUUGGAAAUCAAGCAGUUAAAGAAUGAUUUAGUGGCUCGUUGACAUCAAUUCUAUGAAUGCCAAUGUACAGAAGAUCUCGGUGAUUGGUUAUCUUACAAGGAAGGUAAUGGCAUUGUACCACAGUGGUAUGUUCUACAAUGAAAAUGUAAAUAAUGUACAAUAAA